AUGAUUUUCUAUGUUAACAUCUAUCUAUCUAUCUAUCUAUCCUUCAUACCGAUCUAUCAAUCUAUCUAUCUCUUCAUAUCUAUUUUUCAUAUCUAUCUAUCUAUCUAUUUCUUUAUGUAUAUCUAUCUAUCUAUCAAUCUAUCUAUAGUCUCUAUAUAUUUCUUCAUAUCUCUCUCUCUCUAUGUAUUUCUUGAUAUCUAUCUAUAUAUCUAUCUGUCUGUCAAUCUAUCUAUAGUCUCUUCAUAUCUAUCAAUCUAUUUGUUCAUAUCUAUCUAUAUAACUCUAGCUACCUAUUCUUCAUAUCUAUCUAUAUAUCUGAGAUUAACUCUGCCUUUUCCUUCAUUCAUAUCUAUCUAUCUAUCUAUCUAUCUAUCUAUCUAUCUAUCUAUCACCAUCUACCUGUCAAUCUGUUCAUAUCUAUCUAUCUAUCUAUCUAUCUAUCUAUCUAUCUAUCUAUCUAUCAGUAUAUUCAUAACCAUCUACCCGUCAGUCUGUUCAUAUCUAUCUAUCUAUCUAUCUAUCUAUCUAUCUAUCUAUCUAUCUAUCUAUCUAUCUAUCAUUAUAUUCAUAACCAUCUACCAGUCAGUCUGUUCAUAUCUAUCUAUCUAUCUAUCUAUCUGUAUAUUCAUAACCAUCUACCCAUCAGUCUGUUCAUAUCUAUCUAUCUAUCUAUCUAUCUAUCUAUCUAUCUAUCUAUCUAUCUAUCAGUAUAUUCAUAACCAUCUACCCGUCAGUCUGUUCAUAUCUAUCUAUCUAUCUAUCUAUCUAUCUAUCUAUCUAUCUAUCUAUCAGUAUAUUAAUAACCAUCUACCCGUCAGUUUGUUCAUAUCUAUCUAUCUAUCUAUCUAUCUAUCUAUCUAUCUAUCUAUCUAUCUAUCUAUCAUAUACGUCUUUUUCGUUCAUUCUUAUCUAUCGAUCUAUCUAUCUAAUCUAUCAAGCUGUGUAUCUGUUUAUAUCUAUUGUUAA